AGUGUGGUGGUUGUGGAGGAGGAAGAGGCUGGAGCUGAAGUAGUGAUUGGGGACGCAGGGGGUGAGGCGAUAGGGGGAGAGGAGGAAAGGGAUGGAGAGAGUGUGGAAGAGGAAGAGAGAGAUGAAGGAGUGAUGAUAGGAGCUGCAGACCAGCUUGGAGGUGAAGCAGGAGGAGGAGAAGGAGGAGGAGGUGAAACAGGAGGAGAAGAAGGAGGAGGAGGUGCAGCAAGAGGAGGAGAAGGAGGAGGAGGUGCAGCAGGAGGAGGAGAAGGAGGAGAGGCCGUUGAAGAGGAGACACCAGAAACCAGUCAAGCAGAGAACCAAGAAGUGCUGCUGGACCCAGUUGAAGGCUCCAUGAGAUCCAUACCAGGGAAGUCUCGGGACCCCGCUAGCCCACUCAGCCCCCACCGUCCUCGGGGAGAGACGGAGAGCAACACCAUGGGAGGGGAGGAGAUCCUGGAGGGUGUGGAUCUGGAGUCGAACGACGCCAACAAGAUCAUCACGUUUAAGGACAACCUUUUAAACUUUGACCCUGAUGAGGUCAUUUCUACUCUGGAUAACUUUGUGGAGGACAUUCCUGCCAGGGCCAAUGAGGAGGAGUCAGGAGAGACCAAUAAGGUGGUGGAGGUCACUACAGAAUCAGGUCUGGAAGCCUGGAAGAUAGGAGCCAUCUCUGCUGCUGUGUUUCUGGUGCUGGAGACCAUCGUCAUCAUUGUCUACGUCCUCAAGUGUCGUGACAAAACUAACAGGUAG